AUGAUGGAUGUCUGCCACCAUUUAAACGACUACCAUGUGUCACGACCUAUCUACUCAAACCGUGUUUUUGAUGAGGUCCAUCAGAGAAAAGACAGAGAGACCAGAAGCUUACAAGAAAGACUGAAGGGAACCUGUGGAUGCAAUGACAAGUGGGCCAUUCAGAAGAUUAAGGGGAUUCUCCCGAUACUGGAUUGGCUCCCUAAAUACCCGGUCAACCAGUGGUUACCCGGCGAUCUCAUGUCUGGGGUCACCACAGGUGUGGUAUGCUGUUUACAAGGUGUGGCUUAUGCAUUGCUAGUUUCUGUGGCACCUGUUUACGGACUCUACUCGGCGUUCUUUCCUAUUCUUACUUACUUUGUGUUGGGCACCUCGAGACACAUCUCCGUGGGUCCAUUUCCAGUCACCUGUUUGAUGGUGGGCUCUGUAGUUUUGACCUUUGCCCCCGACGAGCACUUUCUGCGCCCAGCGAACGUGACGGGUGCGAACGAGACAUUGAUGGAGGUGGACGUGGAAGCAAGAGAGGCCCAGAGAAUCACAUUGGCUUGCACCAUGACCGUACUGGUCGGAUUAUUCCAGGUAGCCAUGGGGCUGAUGCAGGUGGGCUUUCUAGUACGGUAUCUGUCAGACCCCCUGGUAGGGGGUUUCACUACUGCUGCAGCCAUUCACGUCUUCAUUUCCCAGAUUAAAACCAUCCUGUCUAUUCCUACCCACAACCAUAAUGGCUUCUUCUCCAUCGCUUAUACUCUCUGUGAUGUGGGUAAGAACAUUAACCAGACAAACAUUGCAGACCUGGUUGCCGGAUUAAUGACAAUCUUUAUAGUUAUGGCCGUGAAAGAGGUCAACACGAGAUUUCAGCACAAGAUCCAGGUGUCCAUCCCUAUAGAAGUCAUUGUGACAGUGAUCGCUUCUGCAGUCUCUCAUGUGAUGGACCUGAACUCCCAGUAUGGUGCCAGCAUUGUGCACAGCCUCCCCAGGGGGUUUGCUCCGCCCCAGCCACCAAAUCUAGCGCUUAUUGGGAAUAUGUUGGGUUCGAGUUUUUCCACAGCGGUGGUUGGUUAUGCAGUCGCAGUCUCUGUAGCAAAAGUCUAUGCAGCAAAACAUGACUACACAAUUGAUGGCAACCAGGAGCUGAUAGCUUUUGGUGUCAGCAACAUUUUUGGAGGAUGUUUCUCGAGCUUUGUGGCCAGUACUGCCCUCUCACGGACCGCCAUACAGGAGAGCACAGGGGGGAAGAGCCAGGUUGCUGGUAUAAUCUCGGCUUUAAUGGUGAUGAUAGUGAUCUUGGCUCUCGGGCCCUUUCUUCAGCCUCUGCAGAAGUCAGUGUUGGCUGGUAUUGUUAUAGCCAACCUGAAAGGAAUGUUCAUGCAGAUGUCCGAGGUGCCUGUACUCUGGAAACAGAACAGGACAGACGGUCUCAUCUGGAUAGCUACAUGCCUGGCAUGUAUCGUAUUGGGUUUAGAUGUGGGUCUGCUGGCAGGCCUGGUAUUUGAAAUGGGCACAGUGGUGGUCCGAACACAGUUCCCGUCCUGUUCUACCCUUGGAAACAUGCCAGACACUGAUAUCUACAAAAACAUGAAAGACUACAAAAACAUUACAGAAAUACCUGGGAUUAAGAUUUUCAAAUGCAACUCUCCCAUUUACUUUGCAAACAUUGAUUAUUUCAAAGAGAAAUUAAGGGAUGAGGUGGGUUUUGAUGCAGUACGAGUGUUCAAGAAAAGAAACAAAGCCUUGAAGAAGAUUCACAAACUCAUUAAAAAAGGAAAAUUACAAGUUACAGAGGAUGGUUUGGCCACUGUGGCCUCAAUGGGAGUAGAUAACAAAGCCUUUGAGAGAGAACAGGGUCCUGAGGCAGUAAAUGAGACAGUACAGGCAGACGUGAAGGUCCAGGUAGACUGGACAUCAGAGCUGCCGGUCAGUGUGACAGUACCAAAGGUCCAUAUCCACAGCCUGGUGCUGGAUUUCUCUGCAGUCUCAUUUCUGGAUGUUGCAUCUGCAAAGUCUCUAAAGCUGGUCAUAAAAGAAUUUAUACGAAUUGGUGUCAGCGUCUACAUCGCAGGCUGUGACGGUGAGCUUGUCAGAAGAAUGGAGGCCUUGUCCUUCUUCGAUGAGGAGGUCACCAGAGAUCUGCUCUUCGUCUCUGUCCAUGAUGCCAUUAUCUACAUCCAACUCGAAACAUCUAGUGGAAAUGCAGAUGAUCUGUUAGCUGACAAGAUUUCAGAUGACAAAGAACCACCUCUUUUCACUGAUGAUGAGGACCUGAUUGAGACCUACGACAACCAGCACUUGGCUAUUCAUGGACUUUCAAACUGAGGAUGGACUUGAAUCACACUCUAUCGUUUGACUGGACUCACUGGGAAACAAAGACAGCCUCCUCC